AUGCUGCCCCCCAGGAAGGAUCUACAGGGAUUGGAGGACGAUAUUGUCAAGCAGAUGGAGGAGGGCAUGCGAAAAGUUAACGGGAGCACCGUUAUGAUGCUGCCCACCUACGUGCUGCGGCUGCCCACUGGCCAGGAGCACGGCAGCUGCUAUGCCCUGGACAUCGGCGGCACAAACUUCCGCGUGAUGCACUGCCAGCUUUCCGGGGAGCAUGGCAAAGUGGUGGGUGCCGGGAGGUGGUUCGAGGAUGGCAGGCGGAUCAGCAGCAUCUGCAACGUCGCGGUCUGCAGCAGCAGCAGCAACAACAACAGCAGCAGCGGUAGCAGCAGCAGCAGAUUUCAUGGACGGCCAGAGGGCACGGUGAUGGAGCAGAUGGCCAUCCCCAAGGAGGCCUACACGGGCAACGCCACACUGCUCUUCGACUUCCUCGCCAAG